AUGAAGGCGCUGCUGUGGGUUUUAGUGAUUUUUAUUCAAAUUGAUGAGAACAAGGGUACUUGCUUGGAGGAAGAGAGAAUUGGUCUGCUACACUUGAAGUCAUUUCUUAAAUCCAUCCCCUACGCUAAUUCAGACCAUCUUCUUCCUUCAUGGGUUGACGAAUCAAAGAGUACUGAGUGUUGUGACUGGGAGCGGGUCACGUGCAACUCCACCACUAGUCACAUCAUAGAAUUGUCCCUUGAGAAUUUGAAGCAAGAUCCUUACUAUCGUGAACAUAAGUACAAGAAUGUGAGUUUCGGGGAUCGGUGGUUGCUAAACGUGUCCAUGUUGGAGCCUUUCAAGGAGUUAAGAAGUCUUGAUAUAUCCUUUAAUGCAAUUGGUGGCUGGAUACCAUACGAAGGAUUUGAAAAGCUUUCAAGCUUAAGGAAUCUGGAAAUUCUAAACCUUGGAUAUAACUUCUUUCAUGACAAUGGCAUUCUACAAUCUUUGGGUCAUGUGACUUCGCUCAAGACUUUAAAUCUUACUUCGAAUUUGUUGGAGGGUUACUUUCCAGCUCAAGAAUUAGUUGGGUUGAGAAACUUGAACAAGCUGGAUAUAAGUGGCAAUUCCUACAAUGAUAUCAUCCCAAGUCAAGGUUUCGAAAGGCUCGUGGUAUUGAGAAAUUUGGAGACAUUGAACCUCAAUUAUAAUGACUUUGAUGACAGCAUCAUACCAUCACUAAGUGAACUUACAUCCCUUACCACAUUGAGUCUUGCGUUUAAUCAUUUGGGAGAACGAGUGACGACAAUCGAAGGUUGGAAAAGCUUGUCAAGAUUAGAGAACUUGGAGAAAAUAGAUCUCAGUCACAAUUACCUCAAUGACGACCCUUUACAAUCUUUGGUUGCUAUCAAGUCCCUUAAGAAUUUGAAUCUUGCUUGGAAUCAAGUAACAGGAUCUUUUCUGGUUAAAGAUUGGAAACUUUUGUCGAGAUUGGAGAACUUGGAGAUAUUAGAUCUUAGUCACAAUUGCCUCAAUGAUAAUGCCUUACAAUCUUUGGUCGUGGUCAAAUCUCUUAAGAAUCUGAAUCUUGCUGGAAAUCAAUUGACAGGAACCUUUCCAACUAAAGAUUUGGUCAAUUGUAGCCGGUUGGAGAUUUUAGAUGUCAGCAAAAACUUGUUCACGGGAAGUAUUUCUCCAUCUAUCGGGGAACUAAUUUCACUCAAGGUUCUAUCCGUAUCUUCCAAUGAACUCAAUGGCACUUUACCUACUCGAGAAUUGUGCGCACUCAAGAAGCUUGAAGAGUUAGAUCUAUCUCAUAAUCAAUUUGAGGGGACUCUUCCUCUAUGCAUGAACAAUAUGACGUCUCUCAAAUUACUAGAUAUUUCUGAGAAUCAAUUGAAUGGAAAUGUUUCUUCAUAUGUGAUAGCCAGCCCGAAAUCUCUCGAGUACAUUGAUUUUAGUUACAAUCAAUUUCAGGGUCGAUUCCCGAUCAGGUUAUUUGCCAAUCACUCUAAACUUGAGGUUAUUCGAUUCAUCAACCGAAACAAUAAACUUGAGAUAGAAACUGAGAAUUCCUUGGGUUGGGUACCUUUGUUUCAGUUAAAGGUUCUCGAACUAUCUAACUGUAGUUUGAACAAGCUCUCUGGCAAUGUUCCUGGAUUUCUCCUUGACCAACAUGAAUUGGAAGUUGUCGAUCUAUCCCGAAAUAAGUUGAAAGGAAGCAUCCCAAAUUGGUUGGUGGAAAACAAUACAAGAUUACAAAUUCUAGAUCUUCAAGAUAACUCUUUUAUGGGUCACUUACAAUGGAAAUUGUAUCACCAUAUGCAUAUUUCCUGGAUGGAUGUCUCAGAAAAUCAAUUGAAUGGAAAACUUCAAGAAGACAUUGGAAGGAUUUUUCCAAAUGCAAAGUAUCUAAAUCUUUCCCACAAUACUUUUGAAGGUAGUCUUCCUUCAUCAAUUAAUGGCAUGAUUUAUUUGGAGGUAUUGGAUUUCUCCUUCAAUAAUUUCUCAGGUGAGGUCCCAAAAGAAUUUGUCAACAGCUGCACAUUGUUGAAAAUUAUGAACCUUGGUUAUAACAACCUUCAGGGUGAAAUCUUCUUAGAGCAAUUCAAGUCACCAUUCUUCGAAUUUCUGCAAUUGAAGUACAAUCAUUUCACUAGUAUUGUAUCGAUACUUAAUGCAUCUUCCCUAUUGUACAUGAUAGAUAUCAGCAAUAAUGAUAUUUCAGGUACAAUCCCUCGAUGGUUGGGAAACAUGACAUAUUUGUGGACUCUUGUCAUGGCCAAUAAUUAUUUUUACGACCAGAUUCCAUGCGAACUAAGUGCGCGGAGCACUAUAGACUUUUCUCAUAACUUAGCUUCAGGGUCGUUGCCUUCUUGCUUGAAUCUACAAGGUCUUGAGCACCUAUAUUUCCAAGGGAACAAACUCACAGGACCAUUACCAAAAGCUCUUUUCAAUUCCUCCUCUCUUUUGACAUUGGACAUUAGAGAUAACAACUUUUUCGGCAGUAUCCCUGAUGAAAUCAGAGAACUUUACAACUUAAAAGUACUUUUGUUGGGUGGUAAUCAUUUCAGUGGGAUCAUUUCGGAUCAGUUAUGUUGGUUAAGGAUGAUAAGCAUUAUAGAUCUUUCCAAGAAUGCAUUUUCUGGGACCAUACCAAGAUGCUUUAGCAACAUAUAUUUUGGGAAGAUAACUACUGUUAAUUGUUCCUCUUUUCCAAGAAAAACUAAUUUGGUCUGGUUAGGGCAAGGAGCUUACUCAUAUAAAAGGGUCCUAGAGAAGCAUGUUGAUUAUUAUGACUACAAAGAAUAUACCGAUGUAGAAGUUAAGGUUGAGUUUGUAACAAAAUAUAGGUCCCUCUCUUAUGGGGGUUCUGUCCUUGCGUACAUGUCUGGAUUGGAUUUGUCAUGCAACAAGUUGACCGGUGGCAUUCCUCGAGAACUGGGAAAAAUAUCUUCAAUGCAUGCAAUAAACUUAUCUUACAAUCAAUUGACAGGUUCCAUUCCAAAAACAUUCUCAAAUUUGUCUCUCUUGGAAAGCUUAGAUCUCUCUCACAAUAGUUUGAGUGGACAGAUUCCUUCAUUAUUGAUUGGUCUAACCUUUCUUGAGGUAUUCAAUGUCGCUUACAACAACUUAUCAGGUAAAGUUCCAGACUUAAAAGCACAGUUUGGGACAUUUGAGAAAAGUAGCUAUGAAGGAAAUCAAUUUCUUUGCGGGCCACCAUUACAAAAGAGUUGUGCCAUGGUAGAUACGUCAGUUCCAACACAAUCUUCAGUUGUAAGUGGCAAUAAAUGGUAUGAAGCAGAUCCUGUGGUCUUCCUUACAAGCUUCUCGGUUUUUACACGCUAA